AUGGCAUCAAAUCCUCAUAUUCUGCUGUUUGGUGUCGGUAGCGUUGGCGCCAUUCAUUUGCUCCAACUGCAACGCGCCGGAUGCACCGUGACAGCCGUCUGUCGGUCCAACUACGACGUCGUCAAGGAGAAAGGCUUUACUCUGAAAAGCGUCCGAUUCGGGAAUGUCACAUAUCGGCCAGAUCACAUCGUUCGCACUAUUGCUGAAUGCCCAAAAGACACAGUUUAUGAUUUUGUCCUGGUGACCACGAAGUGCUUCCCCGGCAGUAAGCCGUCAGUAGCAGAUCUGAUCAGACCGGCCAUUAUUGGCCGUCCAGAGACUGCCAUCGUCCUAGCACAGAAUGGCAUAGAGAUUGAGAAGGAUAUUGCAGACGAAUUCCCAGAGAAUCCCAUCCUCAGCGGUGUCGUCUACCUCCCAACCACCCAGACUAGUCCCGGCGUCAUCGACUACCCAGAAAUGCUAAACUUGAUCGAAGUGGGGACGUAUCCCGCCAAUGCACCAGCUACACACAAAGCAGCGGCCAGCAAGCUCGUUGACCUCAUGAAGCAAGGCGGCGGCGAGGCCAAACUUUACGACGACAUCCAAAUCGCGCGGUGGACCAAGCUGCUCGUCAACGCGUCGUGGAAUCCCAUCUGCGCGCUGAGUAUGUGCUCGGACGGAGACUUUCUCCUCAGCUCCGAGCCCUUCGCAUUUGAGCUUGUCUGGGGGAUCAUGAUGGAAAUCGUGGCAUUGGCAAAGAAGGUGGGGAUCAGGGGGGUGGACGAAGAAGCAGCCAGGGUCCGGCUUCAAACGGCAACUCGUCGGGCGAAGGAAGGAACAGGCCGCGAUCCGAGUAUGCUGCAGGAUGUCAAGCAGGGUCGGUUAUUUGAAGUCGAAGCGAUUGUUGGGAACACGGUGAGACUGGCCCGGAAACAUGAAGUGAGCAUGCCCCGGUUGGAAACAGUGUACGCAUUGGCAAAGGGAAGAUAUGAAGCCCUAGCCCGGAAUUAA